AUGGCAGACAAGAAAAACGUCUUGCUGCUGAUUGCCGAUGACCUGGGGAAACAAUUGAGCAGUUACGGCGCAACGGUGAUCAAGACACCGAACAUCGACGGGCUGGCAUCCCAGGGCACUAGGUUCGACUACGCCUUUGCCAGCACCGCGUCAUGCAGUGGCAGUCGCUCUGUCAUAUACACGGGCCUGCAUACGCAUCAGAACGGGCAGUAUGGCCUCGCCAGCCACCGUCAUCAUUUUGUGACUUUUGACCACGUUGAAACCGCCCCUCUCCUCCUCAACCAGAUCGGAUAUCGUACCGGGAUACUCGGCAAGAUACAUGUUGGGCCAACAGCCGUGUACCCCUGGGAGGAACGACAGGAAAGCACAACGCGUGAUGUUGCGGUGAUUGCUGACCAGGCAAGGGUUUUCUUUGAACAAUCGCAAACCGAGACCAGACCCUUUUUCCUGACUGUCGGAUUCCAUGACCCGCAUAGAGAUAGCACGAGAGGCGGGUUUGGAAAUGAUCAAGAAUACGACAGCCGUAUUACAAAGGCUCAUUACAAGGCGGAAGAGGUUGAGGUCCCUCCGUUUAUCAGCGAUACUCCAGGUGCACGACUGGAGUUGGCCGAGUACUACAACUCCAUCCAUCGGCUUGAUCAAGGCGUCGGAUUCAUCUUGAAGGCUCUCGAAGAUUCUGGCCUGGCCGAAUCCACGCUGGUGAUAUUCGUCAGUGACAAUGGACCGCCGUUCAUCAAUUCCAAGACGACGCUGUACGACGCCGGAGUGAGACUACCACUGAUCAUCAGGCAUCCUCAAAUAAAGACAGCAGUCAGUCCGAACAUGAUCUCAUACGUUGACUUACUGCCCACCCUGCUUGACUACGCAGGUCAUCCAGCCACCGUCGAUGAUACCAAGAAACGACUUGGUCGUUCGCUCAUUCCGCUUCUGGGAAAUGAUUCCACGUUGCCCGGCUGGAACCAAGUCUUUGGCUCCCACACCUUCCACGAAGUGACCAACUACUGGCCGACGCGGUUUAUUAGAGACCGGCGGUAUAAGUAUCAUCGCAAUCUCGCAUGGCGUCUGGACUUUCCCUUUGCAGCCGACCUUUAUGGCUCGCUGUCCUGGGAAGAUAUCCGUAAUAUUGACUCAACAAAGGGCGACACACUGAUUGGUGGUCGGAAACUGAGAGAUUAUUUCUUCCGUCCUCCAGAGGAGCUGUACGAUUUGGAGAACGAUCCCAACGAGGUACACAACUUGGUUAAAGACCCCCAGUAUGCGGGUAUACUAGAAGACCUUAGGGGAAAGCUUGAAGCAUGGCAGCUUCGGACAGAAGACCCUUGGCUAUACCGCGACGGUGUUUCUGUCUGGUUUGUUCGUAACCACUUGAAGGCUGGAAUGAAGAUUCCGGAUCGCUUAGAUUUCGAUGCAGAGCGUCCUGGUAAUCAAAACGUGAAGGCUUACCCAACCAAUAUAUCUUGGGGGGUAGAUGUUGAUGUCCAGCAGCCAUAA